UCCCGGAACAGAAUGCGAGUGCUUGAGACGGGACGGCGAUUUGUUUGGAGAGCACUUCUGCCUUGACCCUACGAGUUUUGCUGCAAUGUCGUUUUAUUACUGUUACAUAAAUUGGGCAUAGACAUUGAAGAAGAUUUUUUAUUAUUAAAGUUUGAGCUGACGUUGAAUGUCAAAAGUCAGCAUCCUUGAACAUGGCUUCUGUACGAGAACAUAUAAUAGAAACUGUAGCCCUGGGGAGGCCACUUCAGCUGGGAAUGCUGUACGACUGCAGAAAUGAUUCAGUAGUACCAGGAAUAACACUUUGGGAUCAACAACAGCUGCAGCAUAACAAAGAUGUUAGUCCGCAACAUAACACAGAGUUCACAGUUGCAACUUCAGACACAAUUGAAGAAAAAUCUAAACAGCUGAAAGUUGAUGGUGAACUGAAACUGAGUCUUUUGUGUGGGAAUGUCAGUGUUAGUGGUGCAGCCAGAUAUUUCAAUGAUACUAAAAAGUCAUUUAUACAACAAAGGUUGACGCUGCAUUAUAAGACAACCACCAGAUUCGAGCAGUUGACUAUGGAACAUCUGGCACAAGGACAAAUCGAUCACCAUGAGCUGUUUGAUCAUGAUAUGGCAACACAUGUGGUUGUAGCAGUUUUGUAUGGAGCGGAUGCCUACUUUGUAUUUGAUAAAGAGAGGAAUUUGUCUGAUGAGACAAACAAUGUACAGGGAGAUGUAAAAAUUGCUGCUGACAUGCUCCAGACAAAGUUCCUUUGUUCUGCUGGGGCACAGGUAGAGUUAAAAUGGGAGGAACAUGAAAAGGCCGCAGUAAAACAAAUGAAUUGUACAUUUUAUGGUGAUUUCAAAUUGUCCUCAAAUCCAACAACGUUUGAAGAUGCUGUGAAGGUUUAUAAUGAUCUUCCAAAGAUGCUUGGAGAAAAUGGAGAACAUGCAGUUCCAGUUAAAGUUUGGCUUUAUCCACUGGUUAAACUGGACUCAAGAGCAGCCAAACUUCAAAGAAACAUCUCUACAGAUCUAAUUAGAGCUGUGGAAUCGGUAAUUGAGGAUUUAAAUGUCACAUCAAUGAGAUGUGGUGACCUGAUGGAAGACACAGUGGCAAAAACAUUUGGCACAUUUCACAAUCUUGUUCAGGACUUUCAGAAAUUCUGCACUGAGUAUAAAAAAGAUUUCAUGAUCAAACUGCGGUCCAUCCUGCCAGAAAUCCGAGGAGGUAAAACAGAUAUAAAAGACCUAAGUGAACUUCUAGAAGCCCACGAGAAGUCUCCUUUUAGAAGCCGUGAUGUCCAGCAGUGGAUAACAAUGAAAGAAAAAAAAUCUAACCAAAUAAAAGCACUGCUAAAGCAGCUCAAGGAACUUGGAGCAGAAGUGAAUGCUGACAGGGACAAAUAUUUAUUAGACUUGAAUGUAGAGAAUUUGGUUUCUUACACUUUUACCUGUCUUCAGCACCCAGAGCCUCUCCUGACCCAACAAGAGAUCUACCUGAAACCUUCAACAGAAAAAAAACCCAGUGAAAAUCCACUCAGUCUAGAUCUUCAGGAAAAAUCAUGGACCCUUGAGGAGCUCAAUUGCAUGAAGAAUAAUCUGAAGAUUUUUAAGAAUUUGAUCAAUUUAAAUAAAAGUAAUAAAAACACAAGUUUUAUUGUUGAGAGUGUGCCUCAAACACCAGAUAAACCCGGCUCCUGUGUUCUAAUAUAUGAAAAUGGAGGCAGUGAAGUUACCUGUUUUGUUCCUCCAUCAAAACCAAAACCUCCAACUGUUGAAGACGUGACAGAUAACAGCAUAAAGCUAAAGAUGAGCUCUUUGUGUGCUGCUACACUGAAGAUGCAACUACUUCACAAAAUGGAACAAGAGAAUAGCUGGAAAUCUCAGACUGUGACUGAUGAGAGUGUUACACUGACAAAUCUUAAUGCAGGCACUGAUUAUGAAAUAAAAUGUGCCGCAGUAGGAAAAAUGGACUACAUGGUUGAAAGUGAUGUAACUGUAACAACUACUACAGGCUCUGUGAUAAAAGAAUAUGGAGCUAAAAGUCACCAGGCGUCUGUAUCGCAGAGUCCAACUGGAGCUGGUAGAUCUCUAGAUGCCCCAGGAUUCUCAGAGUCGGCAAAAUCUUCAUCGCACGCAAGAUGAUCGGAGCUGGUACAAUGUCUGGAUGCCUCAGGAUGUGUAGAAAGAGAGUGGAGAGGGAUUAACAUAUCUGCUGUUCAUAAACUGUGCAAGUCUGAUGUAACAGUGCACAAUAUCAUGGGAUGUCUUAUGUGUACGCCUGACAAAAGAGAUGAGUUUUUAAUCUAUAUUUAAACUGGGAAAGUGUGUCUGAGCCCUGAACACUAUCAGGAAGACUGUUCCAAAGUUUGGGAGCUAAGUAAGAAAAC